AUGAGUUACACUGCUGUUCCUACACAACCCCCACCAUAUGGUGAAAACCCUGAAGCCAGAACUGAAGGUGACAAUGUUCCUGAUGAUUUCAAAUAUUCUGUUGAUGUGGCAUCAUGUGAAUUGCCUGUACGUCAAAUGUUCAUUCGUAAGGUGUAUUCAUUAUUAACAGCUCAAAUCUUAGCUACUGUGGUAGUGGGAUUUGUUAUCCGUUCGAAUACAACUAUUCAGAACUGGUGUUUCAACAACUUCUGGUUAUUCAUUGUUUCUAUCGUAGGAUCUUUUGGAUUCUUAAUUGCCACCCAUAUCAAAGCUAGAAGUUAUCCUAUAAAUUUGGUAUUAUUAGGGGCUUUCACAUUAUGUGAAAGUUAUGGAAUUGGAUUAUCUUGUUCAUUAGUUGAAUCUGAAAUCGUCAUCCAAGCAUUAAUGCUAACCUUGGUUGUAUUCAUUGGUUUGACACUUUUUGCUUUCCAAAGUAAAUAUGAUUUCAGAAGUUGGCAAAGUGUUGCAUCUUUAGGUCUUUGGUUCUUAAUUGGUUGGGGUUUCUUAAUGAUGUUCUUCCCACAAUCAUCUUUUGCUAAUUUGAUCUAUAGUGGGAUUGGUGCCAUCAUCUUCAGUGUUUACAUCUUAAUUGAUACUCAAGAAAUAUUGAAAACUUGUCAUUUAGAUGAUGAGAUCCCUGCUACCUUGAAAUUAUAUUUGGAUAUCAUCAACUUAUUCUUAUUCAUUUUAAGAAUCCUCAAUAAUAGAAAUGAAAACUAG